UCUUUCUCCUUUCUAUAUAUAAAUCCUCACUUCACCAUUUCCGUUGACAAAGCCAAACUCUUUACUCUCAUCUCUCUUUCUUGCUCCAUUACUCUCUCUCUCUCUCUCUCUCUCUCUCUCUAAAUGGAAGCUCUUAGCUUUAUGAAAUUCUGGUUAACCAACAACAACACAACCAUCAAACCUCGCCGUGAAAUCAGAAUCUCAGAAUCCGCCGUCGAUUCCACCACCGCAUCAGAAGAUCCCGAACUUGACCUCUACGAAGGAGACGAUUCCUUCUUCGAACUCGAGAUCUCUCUCUCCGAUUUCAAAACAGAAAAACAGAGACUCGAAACGAAGACGUACUCUGUUUCUAACAAAAGCAAAGUCCUUCCUUUCGUUGAUAUCACUACAAAACAACAACAAUCUCCGAUCACUCUUUUGAAAUCCGGACCAAAGUUUCGUGCUUUCUCAUUCAAGAAGUCUGAAAAGUCAACGACGACUGAGAAGAAGAAAGAAGAAAACAACAGAGUCGACGACGACACAACGAGCUUCAGAAAAACGGCGAGCAUUGCGAGAUUACAACAAACAGACGACACGAUGUUCGACGACUCUGUUUCGAAGAGAUUCUUCAGUCUCAUAAAACCUUUAUACACCAAAUCAACGAAGAAACAUUCAUCCUCGACGAUUACAUCUCCGUCGUCAUCACCGGCGGCAAGGGAGAAACAGAGGAGUAAUAUUCCGUUGGGGAUUCGAAGUGUAAGAAGACAACUUGGGAAGAGUCGGUCAGCUUCUGCGGCGAUCGGAGGAAUGUCUCCGGCGAACAGAGUUGAUGAGUCUUUACAAGUUCAACAAGAUGGUAUUCAAAGUGCGAUUCUUCAUUGCAAGAGAUCGUUUCACGGCUCCAGAGAAUCUUCUUUGUUAUCACGAUCUACGAGUGAAUCUUCUUCACAAGAGAAACUUAGUACUUCAUCGUCUGAAGAUUCGUAUUUGUUUUCAAGGAUUUCAAGUGAUUCAAUGUCGGAGAAAUCGAUUGAUAGCUUGACUUCAAUUAAGGAACAGCGGGAGAAGAUUAGCGAUUAGGUUUAAUUUUUAUAUAAAAAAAUGAAAUUAGGAUUUUUGGUUAUUUUGUUAAAUUAGUUUGAAAUGAAGAGUGAAGAUGAUGAUGACAAAAACAGAUAAAUCUUGUGGCAGAGUCUCAGAUUAGUGAAGGGUCUUGUUUUUGCCUUUGUACAGUGAUGGAUCAUUAUGUGAAUCCUGACACCUUGAGAAUUGAAAAUAUAUAUAUUUAUUACAUAUC